ACAGCUAGGUGGCGCUGCAAUUUAAGCGUUGGGAUAUUUUGAUAACCGACAUGAUCUGAAAUACGACUGUUUACACGGACCAGGAAAAGAACCGAUGAAAUGGGAGACAACAGAAGAAUUGCGCAGGUCCGCACGGCUCGUUCUGUCAUCUGCAGAGUCCUUCUCCUUGAUGGAAAACUAUUCGAAAUAGAUGUUGAUAAACGUGCAGUCGGUCAGAUUCUUUUCGACAAAGUAUGUGAACACUUGGAUCUUGUGGAGAAGGACUAUUUCGGACUUUCCUUCACCGGACUUCACACCGGACUCAGGGAAUGGUUAAAUGUAGAAAAGAAGAUAUCCAAGCAAAUGAAAGGCUUGGCAUGGGAGUUUAAGUUUGAGGUUAAGUUUUACCCCCCAGACCCUCAGACUCUGCAUGAAGACUUAACUAGAUACCAACUAUGUCUGCAGAUAAGAAAUGAUAUUGUCAAUGAAAAAUUGCCUUGCUCAGCUGUAACCUAUGCUCUUCUGGGAUCCUACACAGUCCAAUCGGAGCUGGGAGAUUUCGACAUCGAUGAAUUCGGUCCGGGAACAGAAUAUAUCAGGAAGAUGAGAUUUGCUCCACAUCAAGAUAGAGAACUGCUGAAAAAAAUAGCAGAGCUUCAUAAAACUCACAGGGGACAAACCCCAGAGGAAGCAGAACUGCAUUUCCUGGAAAAUGCCAAGAAACUGGCAAUGUAUGGAGUUGAUCUCAGUAAUGCAAAGGAUGGUGAGGGAGUAGACAUUCAGUUAGGGGUGUGUUGGAGUGGUAUUCUUGUCUUCAGAGAAAAACUACAGAUCAACAAAUUUGUGUGGCCAAAGAUUCUCAAAAUGUCCUACAGAAGAAAAAAGUUCUACAUCAAGCUAAGAACAGGGGAGUUUGAAGAGUUCCAGAGUUUGAUAGGUUUCAAAUUUUUAUCAAGUAAACAUUCCAAACGUAUGUGGAAGAUCUGUGUAGAAAACCAUGCCUUCUUCAGAAACAGAGAGCCUGACUCUCCAGGAACACAGAGAGGAUUCCUAAAACUGGGAUCCAAGUUCCGUUACUCCGGGAGAACUCACUUCCAGACCAAGCAGGCUAUGCUGGGGGUAGACCGCCCCUCUCCAUUCUUUGAUCGUGUCCACAGCAAACGGGCCACGUAUCAUGGCAGGACCAAAAACAAGGAUCUAGCAGAUGAAAUGUACAAACCUCGACCGGAGCCUAGGCACAUCCCGGAGUAUAACCGAGAAGAGAAGAUGAUGAGGAAGGUUCCAGAGCCUGAGAUCAAUGACAAAGAAGACAGGGAAGAUGUGUUUGAAGAUGAGGAGGAGGAGGAAGAGGAGCCAGACAACAGGAAGAGUCGGAUGGAGAAGAUGCACGCCGUCCCGACCCCGCUGGCGCAGGUCAUGAUGAAGAAGGAACAAGUGGAAAACAACAACCAGGAAAAUAACCGCCGGAGAAGGUCAUUCGAGGAGGAAAUGUCCGACAGACCUCUGGAUGAUAGCAUGGUACGUACAGACAGACUUAAUAAUCAUAACCUAGUAUAUAGACAUGCUUCUACUAAUUCAGGGAAAUACUUGGACACUAAUCAGAAUCACACAAACGUUUCACUUAGUCCGGUUUUAUCAUUAACCAAGACAACUAUGAAAAGACAGAGAGGGCGCCAGCGAACAGGAAGUGAGAGUUUUAAGAAAGUUUCUUUCGAUGAGGAGAGCCUCAGAAGUGCUAGCUCUCAGUUCAGUAGGAGUGAUAGUGAACUGUUUCCUCAGAAGUUAUCUCUGCCCCCUAAAACGAGGUACCAGAAAAAGAGAACAGGCAGCCAAUCCAGUGUUGAGAGUCCCCUAGCCAUCAGGUCAACCAUGACAGCAUCUCCCAGUGUGGAAAGUCCAUUAGAGUUCAGGUCAACCGUGACAGCGUCUCCCAUGGAUAAAGAUUUGAAUUCUAGUAUUGAUGAAGGAUAUUCUGACACUUUUGAAAGAAAAAUUUCAGAGAGAAGUUAUGGAAAAAAUACUAGCUAUACAAAUUCUUCUAAAUCUGAUUCUUUUGAUGGUUCCAGACAUAUAAAUGAAACAAAAGAAACAAACAGAGCUCAUAGAAAUAAGUCUCAUCUGAUAGACACUACACUAGGUGGGAGUCUGUACAGAUACAGCUCAUCAGACUCUGAGGACUUCAGUAGUCCAGUGAAAGUGGAGGAGGAAAAAGUGACAUCUAAGUCAAAAGAUGUAAGGCAAGUAGGUAGGAGAGGAAGGCAAAAAGAACAGCCUGUCAUGAACAAGGAGCCAGUGCCUGUUAGAAGGGAGAGUUCUGAUUUUGUUAUCAAAAACUUAGAAUCAGAACCAGGAGGUGGGUUUAGAAGGAGAGAAUCUGGUCCAGGAAAUCUCAGCAAGAACUACAGGAUAGCUCCCUCAGAGAAGUCCAUAGAAAGAAGGGAUUUCUCCAAACAGGAUGGCUCAAAUGUCACAGACACAUACAACUACAUAAACAAUGAAGCCAUUUUGUUAGAAAAGUACAUUAUAAGAAAGCCAGAGUCUGAAUCUUCCAGCAGUCCUAGAGAACAGAACCUGCUGGAUGAUAGCAUCCUUGUCUCCAACCUGAGAGGCACCCCAGAGGAGGUCGCUCUACAAGGCAGUAUUGAGUACUGUGGGUUUGCAGCAGGACCAAGGUCUACCUCCUCAGUGGAUGAUAUCCUGGACAAAGGAGAACAAAAUGAUGAACAACACACUUCUCACAUCAAUCAUCAAAUAUCAAAGGAGGAAAUCUCAGAAUUAGAGCCUUCUAAAGCAGUUCUAGCUGAAGAUGAAAUAGAAAAUGAUGAGAGGCAUGAAACUAACGGUAGAAACAUGAAUGAUGCUUUAACAAACAGCACAGCAUCUAUCUUGUCUUUAUCAUCAGAAGAAGGAAGUGUUACUGUGAAUGAUUUUAUCCAAAGUUAUGACCAUGAACCCUGUGUUCGAAGGGCAAGGUCAAUGACUCUAGGUCAGGAGGAAAGAGAACCUGUUGACACCCCAUCCUUUGAGAACAAGAAAGUGAGAUUUUGCAGUGAGGAUAACCUUGUGUAUGAAGUGAGAUAUGGAUUUUCUGAUGAGGAAAAGCCUCCUGAAUCACCAGAGAAACUCAACUUAAACUUCAUUGAUGACAGUCUGUCUGAUGAUCAGCUCUCAGAUUCCGAGUCUUCACCAAACACUCCCUCCCUGUCUCGAUAUUUCAAUGACUCCUCAGGGUCGUCUAGCUCCUGUACUCCUGAUACCUCUCCAAGGUUGGAAACCACAUCUGCAGUGGCAGGCACUUCUCAUAGGACACUCCUACAGAAGAGUCUUCAGAAACCAGCAAACAGAAAGAUCAUGACAGAUGGAGGAACCUUGGAAAAUGAUGAGAGAGCUGAGGAGAUGGAGUUACUGAAGAAAAAUGAUCUUUUUGAGGAUGCUAAUGUAAUGAAAGAGUUUUCGAAUGAGAGUAUUGAAAUGGAAGAAGACUUUAAUUCCAAGAAUCAAACAAUACCUCAAUCAUUAUUAAACAAUGAAUUAAUGACAAGUGAACAGCAGUUAUUUUCUCUGAGUGAAAAUGACAUGGAAAAUGUAAAGAUUAGUGAGAUGGAAAGCAAGACAGAUUUUGAUGAGGAACAAAAGAUACACCAUGAUGAACUUGAUGCAUUUACUCCACUUCAGUCUGGGAAGAAGAGUGAUAUAAAGGCAGCAGGGAAUAUUUGCAGAAAUUUAUUCAAGGACGAUGGAAAACUGAAAGAAGUGUCCAAUGCAUCAGAUGCUACUGCAGCAGAUCUUUUAUCCAGCAAAGAGAUACCUCAAAAUAGUUUAGAUGAAACAAUUCAACAGAAGAAUAUUGAAUUUAAAAUGCAGUCUUUGUCCAUGAACAGUGAUGAAGACAUACGAGGCAAGAAUUUCAAAGUGAAACAUCCCAAGGAAGACUUUGAAGUCAGAGAAGGAGUUGUCUCUGGACAUGAAGAGCUUCUUCCUGUCAUGUCAUCACUUUCUGCUUGUGGUCAGAUACCAGCUGUAGAUGAACACUUUAAUUCAGUCACCUAUCCUGCCCCAUUACCCUCAUCCACUUUUGUUGUUAGUUCUACUUCUGACAAGCAUACCUAUACUGUGUCAAAGGAGGCACCUUGUGGAACCACAUCUAUUGUUCCUAGUCAAAGUCAGUCAGGGAUUUCAGAUCAGUCUAACUAUUUACAUGUGUGCAAUACAACAAAAGACAUCCCUUUUGAAUCUGUUGCCUCUCCUGUCAUUUCUACUAAUGAUCAGAGUGAGACGGCACAUAAAAAUUCAUCAGCACAGAAUUCAUCCAUCAAAGAACCAGACAGUACAGCUAAAGAAACUUGCAGAAAUACUGCCUUUAUUGCUUUCCAAAGUACACCUGUUGAUAAGCCUUUUGCUGUCACCAAUACGUCUGUUAGUGAUAAUACACAAUCUAGAGCAAUUUCAACCCAGGGUAAAACAAUUAUUACAACUAGUACCUCAGAGCUUGGAGCUCCCAUCAGCACUACUUCACACACUCCUCAUAAAUCCGAAGUCUCAGCAAGUUUCAUCAAGCCUUCCUCAGUUCCUACCGCUUUUUCACAGAGUGCUUUUUCUGAUUGGAACAGAACACCAACACCUAUUAGACCUUUGGUUUUCAUUCCUCCUAAAAAGACCAUGAUGUCUGCCUUACAAAAAAGUUCAGAAGAUGUUUCUACUGUUCAACAACAGAAUCCUCCUAAAAAAUCAAAGAGUGGACCUGAUUCUCAAAUGGAGAGACUUGAUGGGCAACAGAAAUCCCCCAGGGACAGUUACAGCAGCACUGCAGAGUGGGUCUUAUCCCACUCAAAUAGGUUUGUCAACACCAGCUCUGAUAAAGUCGACAAGGGACCCAAUGUGAAUCAAGUCACUGCCAAGAAGCCCAAAACUAAGGAGGAUGAGGGGGUUGAUUUCAGCAUAACUAGACAGUUAAAAGACAGAGGAGAUAUCAGUACAGGUAUCAAAAUGGAGAGAGAAGUAAAAGUUAAGGAAAGUGAACAGAUGAAGUCUUCUUCUCCCAUUGGUGGAAAUAACACAAAGAAGUCUAUAUGGAAUCAGCUAGAAAGGGAAGGUGGGGGAAAAGAAAAUGCAAAUGAUUGGGAAGUAAAACAGACACAGUUUGAAAGUUUGACAGAUGCUGAUAGCAAGAACAUCAACUUAAAAGCUAUUGAUAGAAAAGAGAAUACAGUGUGUGUUAACAGAGAACAUUUUCAAAAAUCUGGGCUCCAUGGAGACAAACAAUUUAAAUCAAUCCAGUUAAAUGUAGAUGGAAGCACUAUUUCACCAUCAAGAAAUUCCUCUGAAUGUCAGGAGCUGAAGAAAGAAAUAGAGGUUUCAGGCAGAAUGAAUGUUAAAGGCAUUCCAAAUAGCUCAAAUGAACCAUUUCUUGGAAAUCCAAGGGAAAAUUAUGAAGAUUACAGAGAUUUUAAAAGGCCAUUAAAUACUUACACAAGUGAAUCCAUGUUUUCUCCUAUCUCAGCAAGACAGAAGAAGAAGGUGUACAUUGAUGGCUCCCUUCAGAGAAGAAGAGUGUUGGAAACACAGAAAGAGAAAGGUGAGGCAGGGAAAGACGCUGUGGAUAAUGUGAUUGCUGGACAAGAUGAAGACGGGGGAUUGAAAGAUGAUGGUGUGAAAACAGAAUCCAAAGACAGCAAUAUGGAAAGAGAGAUUUUAGCACAGAGGGUUGAAGCAAUAGAAAACAUUGAAGAGUAUGAACUUGCAGAAGAGGUAGUUAAAGAUUCUCAAAGAGGAAGUGUUGCUGAUUUAGAAGAGAUGAGUUGUCAAAGAUCCCACAAUAAUUUAGCAGACAGUAAUGGAGAACGGAAUGGACAUAGAAAUAGAAAGAAGGAAGGACUUGGAGGGGGAAAUUGUCCUUCUCAGUUACACAACAUGGGAUCACAGGAGAGACCAGGCAAAGAUGGAGAAGAUUUGGAAAGACGUGAUGAACUGCCUCUUCUCUGUGACUCUGAAAACUCUGAACUGGAGGAAGAUUUUAAAAUGGCUGAAGAGGAACCUGACAGCCUGCCAGAGAAUUCAGCUGUUAUGAUGAGGGUGAAGCCUCAAGUGAAAAAAGAUGAGGGUCCACCAUUACCCCAGGCAGGCGGAGUAGACGUUCCUACAAUGUUGCCUAGGAGACUAAGUGCUAAGAGGUUAAGUUCGAUGAUGGUUCGCCCCGAGAGUCCGGAAGCCGUGUACAUCCUGUCUGAGGAAAGGUCAGUUGAUGUCCCUCCAAACGAGCAAGAACCCCCGAGUGUACAUAACCUCCCCUCCCCACCACUCGACCCCCCAGCACUCCUUAGCAAAGAGGAGCGAAAGAAACGAGAGAAAGAGGAAAAGGAGCGUAAGAAGAGAGAGAAGGAGGAACAAAAACGGAAGAAGAAAGAGGAGGAGAAAGAAAAAAAGAGGCUGGCCAAGGAGAAGAAGAAGAAGCCGCCGGUGGAGGAGAAGUGGCAGGAGGCUGUGGCAGUGUCGGCUACCACAGAAACCGUGGUGGUGUCUGAUCGGGCACCGCGGAGAAUGAGCAGCUUUGAGGAGCAGAAAGAGGAUAAGCCUGAACAUCGCGAGGCCGAUGAACGAGAGGUAAAGAGUGCGGAGGCAGAAGGGGAUUCUGAGAGUGAUCGAGCCGAUCAGGGCUCGGAGCAGGAGGGGUCAGAGAAAGAGGACGACCCCAAAGACGAGAAAGCGACCAAAGAGUCCUACGAAAAUAAGGCUUUUAGCGCCAAGGAUGAGAAUCUAAACCGCAGCACAGACCGAGUAGGAGAGGAGUUUGAUUUAUAGAUUUGAACAAGUAACCCUAUAGCCCCAGGCCGCUUGGACAAAACUGUGAUUGAAGCAAUAAGACUAGAGAAGGGGAAGAGUGUAGUAGAAGUGUUCAGCUUCAUGUGCUAAUCACUAGUGAAUUCAAUCACUUGGAAGCAUAGCUUCAAUGUAACAAGAACUCUGAUUGGUUGACAGAGGCAUUACCAUGGAAAUCAUUACGUCCUUUUAUACAUAAUCACCCAAUCAAAAUUGAUUUUAUAUUACUGUAACAGUAUACUUGUAAUCACUUUUAUUCAUUUCAAGGACAUUUUAUACAUAUCAGCCUUGGCCCAAAUAAUCAUGACCCACCCCAAAUUCUGUAUAUAUAAUGUAUACAUUCCCAUAAAAUCUACAAUAUUGCAUAUAACCAUUCCGUAUUUCAGUAGUGGUUGUCCUGUGGUUAUCUUUAGAGAGGUGAUGUUAUUUUUUAUCUAGUGAUUUUUAUUGAUUGUAUAAUUAUUUAUUUAAAUGGUUGUAUGUGCCAUUAUUCUGCCUUGUCCUAUUGGAAUUUUAUCUUUGGUGUCAGAAUGAAAAUUUCUUGCAAAACAGAAAAAAAAAUUUUUUAUACAUAACAUACUUUUUACAAAUUUUUACUAAUUAAUUGUUUGCCAAAUCAUUUUAUGAAAAUUUCUAAUGAAAUAUUAUUGUAGAUUUGUAGUUAUAUUUUUAAUAUGCUUGUUCUGGUCUUCAAUACUGUGAUUGUUGAAUAUUUAAACCAUUUUUUAAGGCUUCCUCAUGACAGACUUUAAUAUGUAGAAUUAAAAAAAAGAAACGAAAAUUUUCCUGAAAAUAUAUUCAUUAUCAAGUUUCAAACUUGUGUAAAGAUACUAGUAGAUGCUAAUUAAAUCAGACACAAAUGUAGUUAGGUGAAAUGAAGGCACCAUCAGAUAACAUUUUAUGCAGUCUUCACAUAAUCCUCAGAGUGUAUCAUGGAUCUACGUUUGUACAUGGAAGAUAUGACUACUGAUGUUAUAAAAAGUAAAAUCGUUAAUUUCUAUUUUACAUAGGACAAUUUGAAUAAUCAAAUAAAAUCUAUAAAUAAAGA